AUGUACAGACCAUUCAAAUCGCCGCUACUCACGAGGCCAUCUGGUUCAACACCCCAGGCGGCACAGGAAACUUUAUCAGAGCGACCUGCGAAAAGAUUGAGGAUAUCGCCACAACAUCCUGAACAAGAUGGAAACUCCUCAGAUACUGUCUGUGAGUCUCCAGAAAGACCGUCUGGUGGAGACCCUAUGGAUGCCAGAUUUACCGUUCUCUGGCGCAAGAUAACCAACAAAAAGAACAAAAUCUGGGAUGGUGACGGCAUCCUCAGCAUUUCACAAGGAUAUGCCAACCUCAAAGACUCGGAUGGAAAGGACAUUGGCAGGACUGUCUGUAAAACGCCGUUGCUUCCAGGAUCUACAUUCACCAUGAGUGGUAAGGAAAUUGAGAUAGACUCACGCAUCUCUAGAGAAGAGGCCAAGUCAAUGCUACCUCAGAAGAAGGCUCCGAAGGCAGUUGCUGUUAAGACCACGACUGUUGCACGAUCUUCGGUCCCAUUGGCUCGGAAACCACUUCUACCUGUACAGACGCAAAAGAAGCUAUCUGGCAUGCUCGGCAAAGCUGCUGCUGCCUACGACUCUGGUCCAAAAGUUGAUGUACCGGCCCGGUCUGCUGCAAUGCUCAGUAAGCCGGGUGCUGCAUUCAAAAGCCCGAUGAUAGACAAGACUGAUGGCAAGACUGUCUGCCUUCCACGUCAUGAUCCCAACGAACCAAACGCUCUCGUCAUGAAACGUCCGAAACAAGCGCCUGCCGGAAAGCAAAUUGUGGAUGUGGUGGUUGAUCCGAACUUGACCAAACAUCUAAGAGAGCAUCAACGUGCUGGUGUGGCCUUCAUGUACGAGUGUGUCAUGGGUAUGCGACCCUUCGUAGGAGAAGGAGCGAUUCUGGCUGAUGAGAUGGGGCUGGGAAAGACUUUACAGACAAUUGCUCUGAUCUGGACCUUGCUCAAGCAAAAUCCGGUUUACGAGGAUGGUCCGGUGAUCAAGAAAGCUUUGAUCGUAUGUCCUGUCACACUUAUCAACAACUGGCGCAAAGAAUUUAAGAAAUGGCUAGGCAAUGAGAAGGUGGGAGUUAUGGUCGCAGAGAACAACAAAACACGGUUCAGCGACUUUACCAAGGGAAAAAGUUACAACAUCUUGAUCAUCGGAUAUGAGAAACUGAGGAAUGUGCAGGAAGAGCUGCAACAAGGACUGGGUGUGGACAUCGUUAUCGCCGAUGAGGGCCACAGACUCAAGACGGCCAACAACAAGUCCGCCAUGGCGAUCAAGUCACUGAAUACUGAGAGGCGAAUCAUUCUCUCAGGCACACCAAUUCAGAACGACCUGAGCGAAUUCUACACCAUGGUCGACUUUGUGAAUCCGGGCUUAUUGAAGACCUAUUCUGCUUUCAAGAAGCAGUACGAAAGCCCUAUCCUCAAGAGCAGAACACCGGGCGCAACGGCAAAGGACAUUGAGAAGGGUCAGGCUUGCAGUGAAGAGCUUGCAUCGAUUACUGGUCAAUUCAUUCUUCGACGCACUGCAGAGAUUCUCUCAAAAUACUUGCCUCCGAAGACCGAGUACGUGGUCUAUUGUAGACCAACUCAGGUGCAGAAGGAUGUGUACGAGGCUGUUGUUAGUACUGGAGUCUUGAACCAAGCGCUGAAGAGCAGCGAAGCCUCCUUUCAGAUGAUCAACGUGCUGAAGAAGCUGUGUAACAGUCCUUCGCUACUGAUCAAGGACGCGUCCAAAGAGGAGGAGGGAACUGUCAAUUCGCUGUUAUCAAAAGUUCCUGCUUCGGACCUCAAGAGCCCAGGUGGUGGUAGCAAGUUACAGGUUCUUGAUGAAUUCCUUCAUCUUGUCCGUACGAAGACGCAGGAGAAGAUCGUGGUCGUCUCAAAUUAUACGGCUACACUGGACAUCAUCGGCAAAAUGAUGACCGCCCUCGAAUAUCCUCAUCUUCGUCUUGAUGGCUCCACUCCUGCAAACCAACGUCAAGGCUUGGUUGAUAAGUUCAACCGCACUUCAGCUAACAACUGCUUUGUCUUUCUGCUCUCAGCAAAAGCCGGUGGUGUUGGUCUGAAUCUCAUCGGCGCCAGUCGCCUUGUCCUUUUUGACAUUGACUGGAACCCAGCCACCGAUCUACAAGCCAUGGGCCGUGUCCACCGCGAUGGCCAGAAACAUCCCGUCCAUAUCUACCGCUUCCUGACAAAAGGAGCUCUUGAAGAGAAGAUUUUCCAACGUCAACUCACAAAGCAAGGAUUGGCAGAUUCAAUUGUGGACAACAAGGCCAAUGCUUCCAGUUUCACGCCUGAAGAGUUGAGAGAUCUAUUCACUCUGGAUUUGCGCGAGGGAUGUCAGACUCAUGAUUUACUUGGCUGUGAAUGUGCCUCGUCAUCACCGAAAACAUCACUUCCUGCCACAGAAGACGAAGAGGAAGAUGAGGACGAAGACGAUGAACAUGAAGAAGAAAUGCCCGCCCUCCCCACCUUCCUCCGCUCCUCCCAAAUCGACCCAGAAACCCAAGAACGUCUCCGCCGUCAACACCACACAGCCCUGCACGCCAGUCUAUCCCCCAAGAAGAAGUCGAAAGACGGCAAAGACAGCAAGCAAACCGCCAUGGCGUCACUCAUGCAAUUCUCACAUCUUGAUGCAGUAGUGUUGAGAAGAGAGAUUGCAGAAGGUAAAGGAGAAGUUGAUGGGGAAGAGGAAGAUGGGAUUAUUAGGGUCAAGGAGAGGGCGGAAGACGCGGUGGGGGAUGUUGUGUUGAGGGAAUUGCUUUGUCAGAGGGAUUCUAGGAUUGAUUUUGUGUUUGCCAAGACCAGUGGUUGA